AUGCGGGUGACUUUGAAAGGGGCGGCACGACUACUGAUACUGGUCAAUAUUACGUUGGCACUACCAUCUCCGGCCUCUAACGUUACUGAGACUACGACGGUAGACCUGCAGUCUAAUUCGCAACUAACCUAUAGCAUUUUCCUGGGAGCUAAACCUUUGAUAACCCUUGACGCUUACCUCGCAACGCUCAAGUUUCUCUCAUACUUGUCACGACAUGACAAUGCAGGCUUUGAGCCAGUGGAAACGUUUCGUUAUGGAUCAGUCUUCAUACAAGUCUCUUCGGCUCAAGGCCAGAUGAAGCGAUCCUUCCUAGUGUGGAUGCUUACGAAAGCCGUCGAGUAUUUCGUAGGUCGAAACAAUCUUGUCGAGAUGUACUUCCAGCCAAGGCUCGAUAGUGUUGCUCUGGGACUAAUACAAUAUAUCCCUCAAGGCUCUCAAACAAAUACUUCAGGGGAACAAGCCGGCAAUCAGACAUUGCAGAAUAACGAUCCCCCCCAUGAAGAACGUGUACUGAGCCUAGCACAACAGAACGCCACAUCUGAUAAUAUAACACCACAUUCAAACUCCAUAGAACCGUCCAUGUUAUCAAAUCAAACGAAUACGACCUCCCUUGUCAUGCUUAACUCCAACAUCGGGACCCACCUUGAUUAUCUGUCUCAAAUAGAUUAUGGCUAUCCCAAUUUCUUUUGGCUUCUCUCUUUCAUGUACGGGGAACUCUUUGCAAACUCCCCAGAUGCCGAUCUUAGUCUUAAAGCAUACAACCCGCGGGGGUGCACUAUGAUAGCAACUAUUGAUAAAUCCUCCAUAGCUAUGGCGCAAGGACGGCUAUUCAAAUAUAGAUACGGGCUAGACGGUCUGGAUCGCAUUUUGGAUCAAACGAUAAAGCUUCGGCAGUAUUAUGAGCUAAGUGUCUUAGUUUAUGUGGUGUUGUAUGGAACAGCCUUUGAUUUAGGCCAUAUCAUCAUCACCAGAGGCCCUGUCUCUGGUAAGUCACCGGUGGAGACUGCUUGA